AUGGUUGUCGAAGAACGAAAGAAACGAAAGGUUGAUACCGUCAGCAGCUGUACCUCUUCCAUUGAUCCGUCUGUAGAGUUGCGCGUUAAACGUCUUAGCGAUAGAGCGAGGAUACCGGUUCGUGGUUCUAAACUUGCUGCUGGCUAUGAUUUUGCCGCAAAUAUGAUUGUCCCGGCUAGGGGGAAGGUUGUAGUUCCCACAGAUCUUUCCAUUGCAGUUCCAUUAGGAACUUAUGGGCGUGUCGCUCCAAGGAGUGGACUUGCACUAAAACAUUUCAUUGACUGCGGUGCCGGAGUUGUUGACGCUGACUAUCGUGGACCGCUCGGUGUACUUUUAUUUAACUUUAGUGAUGUCGAUUAUCAAGUUAACGAAGGGGACCGUAUCGCCCAACUAGUUCUUGAACGAAUAUAUACUCCGCAUGUUAUUGAAGUCGAGAGUUUAGACGAAACGGAUCGUGGGAAUGGCGGCUUUGGGUCCACCGGGAAAUAA